GCGUGAAUGGGUGCAGCGUAUCACGGGACAACACGUGCGAUUCGUUAAUUAUUUAUUUAUUUUUUCUUGAACGAAAAUUUUUUUUUUUCUUCUGGAUGGUUUAAACCUGAAUAAGUAACUCCUCGGAGCCAAGGUUCUGUGGGAAGGGAUGAAGUCGCUGUUAGUGUUUAUUCCCAGGAAUUUUUUCUACGAAGCCCCUGGGUACAUAACAGGAAAGGUGGUCUACGACUCCGAGAGUGAGAGUAAAAAAUUCUACAUAAUUGGUACACAGUCUUGCCCUCGUGGCACUCCAAAGAUCCACUCAGACCUGAUCGGGUACUACUGGGGAUGCAAAGAGGUAUCCAAGAUCGACAGAAGGACAUGGAACUGGAUAGAGAUCUCGUCGAAGCCCUCGAACUCCAGAAGAUGUCACGAUUACUAUUUAAAAAAUGUAACCAUAGACAACCACAGAGUAGAACUGACCGAGAAUUCCCAGCAUACGGUGAAAAUAAUUUAUGAUCAGGUUGGGCUGCUGAAGGCCGAGUUGUUCAGAAGUUCUGAGCACUAUGGGGACCACUUCCUCGAGUUAAAGGCCAUCCUGGAGAGGAGGCAAGUCGAGGUGACAGAAAAGGGAAUGGUUGUGAGGGUCAGAGAGGCCUUCCUCAUGUAUACAGUCCUGGGGUUGAUGUACCCUGUCUUAUUCCUGGGAAAACUCACGAAUAGACUGAUGCCAGCCCUCAAGUACUCGACACUGGGGCUCCAUGUCCAUGGAUGGCUGGAAAAUACCAAAUGGAUGCUGGCGACUGUAGCCCAAGACAGGAGAAUCAGCUUGAAGACCAGAAAUCACAUUCUUGCAACCAUGUUUGAUGUUUACCUUGGGGUGAUGGCUCUAAGACUGCUUCUGCAUUAUAUCGGGGGGAUACCACCCUCCCAGGUGCUGCUAGAUAAUGCUGAGAAAGUCGUGGAAUCGUUGAAGAGCCUCAUCCACUGGCUGAUGGGCUCUCCAGCUGGUCUAAAACUCAAUCACUCCUUCAACAAAAUGCUGGGAAAAUUCUUCCUGUAUCACAUUCACCUCUGGUGGACGUUCCUUGUCUCUAUAAAACCAGUGAUGAAUUUUUUCUUCGAGGUUUUACUUCUCUUCGGAAGACUGGGAAUUACCUUCCAGAUAUCGAUCGCAGCUGAUCUACUGGCACUCGUCAGUUUUCAUACUUAUUGUAUUUAUAUUUAUGCUGCCAGAUUAUUUAAUAUUCAAGUGCGUGGUUUGACAGCUCUCUUUCGUCUAUUCCUUGGGAAAAAAAGAAAUCCCCUGAGGGAACGAGUAGACUCUUGUCAGUAUCAGGCGGAUCAGUUGUUCGUUGGGACACUUUUAUUCACCAUUAGUCUAUUUCUCAUGCCAACCACUUGGGUUUAUUACUCAGUCUUCACAACACUCAGGUUAAUUCUCAUUGGAUUCGGGGGCUUUCUUACGAGAUUAAGAUUUUAUCUGCAAGUGAUACCAGCCUACACCUUUUUCUGCUGGUUCUUUCGAUCUAAAAGCACGAAUAGUUCAGUUAAAUUGCUGAUGAAACCUAGAGAUCAAUCUGGAGCAAUUACUCUUUCGAUGACGACAGUUUCAGCACCCUGGAGAGACACCUGGAAACGUUGUAUUCCAGAUACUCUCACGUAUCAUCCCUCCAUUGAGUGGGGAGAGAUCGUGAGUAACAUAUUCUGGGGCCAACUGCUUUAUCCCUUGUGAAUCAAUCAAAUCGAGUGACUCCAUAUAAUGAAUAAUUGAUUAGAGUAAUUAAAGAAAUUGAUCAAAGUAUCAUGUAGAACCGAAGGAACAACUCCAAACAUUAAUAAAAUAUUUUUAAUUAUUUCCUUUA